AUGUGGCGUCUCAUAAAGUCAAAAUACUUGAAAAUACCUACCAUCCAAAAAUAUAUAAAUUUAUAAAUAAAUAGAAAUAGAAAGUUCUCUAGAAAAUCAUAAAUUAGCUUUCAUACGCAGAUACAAUGAUACAUAGUUUGUUUAUAAUAAACUCUGCCGGUGAUGUGUUUUUGGAGAAACACUGGAGGAGUGUGAUACCUAGAUCUGUUUGUGAUUAUUAUUUAGAAGCUCAACGAGCUUCUCCAAAUGAUGUUCCCCCGGUGUUGGCUGCUCCGCACCAUUACCUCAUCUCCAUCCAGAGAGGCGGAGUGGCCCUCGUGGCCGUCUGCAAGCAGGAGGUGGCUCCGUUGUUUGUUAUUGAGUUCCUCCACAGAGUUGUUGACACAUUCCAGGACUACUUCUCAGAUUGCACUGAAACUAUUAUUAAAGAGAAUUAUGUAGUUGUCUAUGAGCUCCUAGAUGAAAUGUUGGACAAUGGAUUCCCUCUUGCAACUGAAAGUAACAUAUUGAAAGAAUUAAUUAAACCACCAAACAUACUUAGAACCAUUGCCAAUACAGUAACUGGGAAAUCCAAUGUAUCCUCCACCCUGCCGUCGGGGCAGCUGUCCAACGUGCCGUGGCGGCGCUCGGGGGUGAAGUACGCCAACAACGAGGCCUACUUCGACGUGGUGGAGGAGGUGGACGCCAUCAUCGACAAGAGUGGCGCCACCGUCUCCGCCGAGAUACAGGGAUAUAUCGACUGCUGCAUCAAAUUGAGUGGAAUGCCGGAUCUGACACUAACAUUUGUGAACCCAAGGCUAUUCGACGACGUCUCAUUCCAUCCUUGUGUUAGAUUCAAAAGAUGGGAGUCAGAGCGCAUCCUCUCCUUCAUCCCUCCAGACGGCAACUUCCGUCUCAUGUCAUACCACAUCGGGUCCGCGAGCGUGGUGGCCAUCCCGCUGUACGUGCGCCACAGCCUGGCGCUGCGCGGCGCGGGCGAGCAGGCGCGCCUCGACCUCACCGUCGGGCCCAAGCAGACCAUGGGCCGGACGCUCGAGAACGUGUCCCUGGAGAUCUGCAUGCCGAAGUGCGUGCUGAACUGCUCUCUGACCGCCAACCAGGGCAAGUACUCGUACGACCCGGUCAGCAAGGUGCUGCUGUGGGACAUCGGCAAGAUCGAGCUGCCCAAACUACCGAAUAUUAGGGGAUCCGUGUCAGUGGCGUCAGGGGCGGACACGUCAGGGGCCAACCCUAGCGUGAACGUUCACUUCACCAUCCCACAGAUGGCGGUGAGCGGGCUGCGCGUGAGUCGACUCGAUAUGUACGGAGCCAAGUACAAACCGUUCAAGGGAGUCAAGUAUAUUACUAAAGCUGGCAAGUUCCAUGUCAGGAUGUGACUGGUGAACUGAAUGGUAUAAGGAUCUUGGAAGGGUGUAGAUUGGCUGGAUUGUUAAGGACGGUGGUUGAAUGUCAAAUGUGAAAGAUUGGUUUAAGUUUGCGAGGGAUUCCAUUAUAGUAUCAGAAGAGGUAAGCCAAGAUUAAAAUAUUUAGUACUUA